GUCAAUUUCUUUCCCUUUGCUGGGCAUCUCAUCGUUGAGCAUAGGUCGGAAGAAGGCGGAGAGAGAGGGUUUAUGGAGAGUGGAGGAGGGGAGAAGCCCUUGAGGCGGAUCGCGGCGGCGUUCGAGGCCUUGGAGGUCAGCUCCAAGACGGCGCCCAUGGAGGUCGAUGCCUUCUCCCGAGCCUGCUCUCAGGUCUCCUUCCUCUUCGGAUGUCUAGGCAUAGCCUUCAAGUUCGCAGAGAUGGAUUAUGUCGCUAAGGUUGAGGAUUUAUGUGAAGCAUCAAAAUCAAUCUCAACUCUAAACAAUUUGCUAGAGUUAGAUAUUCAACAAGAUUGUGUGAAACAAGGUGGUAGCCAUUCACGGAAUCUACUUAGAGUUAAGCGUGGACUUGACAUGGUCAAGGUGUUGUUCGAGCAGAUUCUUGAAAAAGAUGAAAAUUCCCUGAGGAACCCUGCAACUGUAGCCUAUGCAAAGGUGUUUGCUCCUCACCAUGGUUGGGCAAUAAGGAAAGCAGUUGCUGCAGGAAUGUAUGCCCUUCCAUCAAAAGCACAGCUGUUGAAGAAGCUAAAUGAAGACGAGGAGGCAUCAGCAAGAACUUAUAUGCAAACCUACAUCAGAAGCUCAGGUCCUGUGAUCGCGUACAUUGAAGAGCUAUAUAACUCGAGACAAAUGGGGAUAGAUUGGUGAAGAUGACAGGCGUGACCUAUCCUACAACUUAGCUCAAGGGAGAAGUUAUAUUCGCAUUAGUUUACUUGGGAAAUUUAUUCAUAUAGGAGAGAUUAUUUGAAUUUGAUUGAUGGCGAGCUAGAUGAUUUUUGAUCAUUACUCUUGACCAUAUGAAAAUACUCUUGUGGAUCAUGUUAAACAGAUAAUUUAACAUUAGCACUUAAAUUUCCCCACAAUAUCAGUGUAUCAUCGAACUUGGUAAAAUAAGUUUUUUUUU